UCUCCUCACCGACUCAGCCUCUCUCUCCCCCUCUCGCUCUCUCUCUCUCUCUCUCCGCUCCACCAGUCUCUCUGUGCUCGCUCUCCCCCCUCUGCGUCUCUCUCUGCUGGCGCUGCGGUGAAUCUCUCCCCCGCUGUCAGUAACCGAGAAGUCAGGCAGCCGGUGGUCGGUCUCUGUCUGACCGUCAAAAGUCACACGAACCCCGCUGAAAACAUCGUCUCGCUCCGCCCGUAUCGACCCGUUAGCGGUGCUUUGAAUUACCCCCUCGGCAGCUGAAGACCCUCUGACGGCAAAAUGGGAAAUGAAGCCAGUUACGCCCUGGACAUGUGCUCGCACUUUGAUGCUGAUGAGAUUAAGAGGUUAGGAAAGAGAUUUAAGAAACUCGACCUAGAUAACUCCGGCUCGCUGAGCGUGGAGGAGUUCAUGUCCCUACCAGAACUCCAACAGAACCCCCUGGUGCAGCGGGUCAUCGACAUAUUCGACACCGAUGGAAACGGAGAAGUCGACUUUAAAGAGUUCAUCGAAGGAGUCUCUCAGUUCAGCGUCAAAGGAGACAAAGAGCAGAAGCUGCGCUUUGCCUUCAGGAUCUACGACAUGGACAAAGACGGCUACAUAUCCAAUGGCGAGCUCUUCCAGGUCCUCAAGAUGAUGGUGGGCAACAACCUGAAGGACACUCAGCUCCAACAGAUCGUCGACAAGACCAUCAUCAACGCAGACAAAGACGGAGACGGCAGGAUAUCCUUCGAGGAGUUCUGUGCUGUCGUCGGUGGAUUAGACAUUCACAAAAAGAUGGUGGUGGACGUCUGACAACUUUGUUCUCUGUUCCUCCAUUUACUGAAGAUCUGCUUGAAGACGUCGUCCAGCGAAUCGCUCUUAUCUGUUUUCGACAGAAGUAUUUUCUCCUCCCCCUCCUCACCCCACCUUCCCUCCCUCCCUCCCUCCCUCCCCCCCGAGCCUUCUGAAGCCAAACUCUCACCACCUAUCAUCAUCGAUCAGGAACUCUCAGUGACUCGACGUCGCACUUUAAAAGCUGACGGACGGCUUUUUAACGCAGAGCGACGGUUUCAGUUUGGUGGAGGAAAGCUGGAGAGAGUGUGUGUUAGUGUGUGUGUACUGUAUGUUUUACUGGUUUUUCAAGGUAUGUGGGUUUUUUAUAUUUAUUUUGGUGUCAUUGGUUUUUUUUUUGGUUUUUUUUAGUGUUGAGAAUCAAAGAAAGUCUAUCUUAAAGAUCUUUAGUGGACACGUGCAGUUAGCGGUGAUGUUACUUGAUUUCAGAACAACACAAACAGCAUGAAGUGCCAACCAGAAUUUCUGACAUGCAGGUGAAUUACAGGUAAAAUGUGUGUCUUUAUUUUAGAGAUGUUAUUGUAUUAUUGAAUGCAUUUAUCUUACAGGAGUAUUGCAUUAUUUACACUUAAAGAACAGCUUCAUUUCAGUCGUGUUUGGCUCAGUUUUCUCAGACAUUAAGGAGCUCUGCAUGUUUUUAAAUGACGUUCUCUUGCUCACGAGCAUCACGAUCGCCGCUCCGCACCCAGUUACACCAACAGCAUACAUGUCGACGUUAACAUCGUUUAUAAGAAGGAGCCGGUACUGAACUCCCUGCUUUGAAAUAAGACUAAUUAUCGAUUAAUCGCCUGUACGAAUUUAUCAGAUAAAAAAUGUGUUGGCUGACAAUCAGAGAAGGGCACAAAUGCAUCAAAAUUACAAAUAUCUGAAAAUGAAAUAUAAGAAUACAAAGUGCCAUUACUACAUUUUGGCCAUUUAGUUGAUCCAGGUGAUAAAUGGUGAUGAACAGGAGCGUCACACUUAAAAUGAGUCACUGUCAUGUCAUUUAACUGCUAAUGUAGCCAAACAUAAAUCUUCUCAGUAGUUGAAACGGUUAUCUGAUGAUUGAUUGUAAAGCCGACAAUCAAUUCGAGAAAAAACUUAACCUGCGUCCUCAGUACCAACAGAUUCACGUUAAAUCUAAAUUUAGACAAAUAAAUAAGAAGCUGAACACGUCUGGUCAAACUAAGAAAAAAGAAAAAAAACAAAACAAAAACAUCUUAUCGAGAGCAAAAGAGUUAUUCUGAUCUACGUCAGUCAGCCAAUCAGGAUGCAGCGUGCUUGUUGUGUUAACAUCUAAUAAUGCUGCUGGUGAUUGGCUGUCUAGAGGCACGCAGGACAAUUAGACAGUUAUUUAUGUAUUUCAAAUAGUCGAACAGGCUGAUAAUGUGCUGAUGUUCCUUCAGAUUGUACAUUUUAGUCCAGGUGUCCAAGUUGGAGUAAAGCAGCUGUCAGAUCUUGAAGCAGCUUUACUCGGAAAAAUUAUGACUUUUAACAAUUCAAAGAGAGUAAAGUCCUGGUACUGUAUCGAUUCCAACCCUAUUUCUAAUUCAGAUAUUGGAAAUACCAACAACUCAGACGUGACGGUUGAGUUCCUGCUGUUGAUGUUGGGUGUUAAUCUGCUAAUGAACUGCUUUACACACACGUUUGUAGAUUUACUGCAGAAAUAUGAGAAAAGUUUGGAGCGAACAAACGCUGUUAAAGCUCUCGGCUCUGUGGACGAACAUCAGCCAUAAAACACUAUAUUUUCAGUACGUUUCUCAUCAGGACUCACAUUUGCUCGACUCUCCUUUGAAGCCGCUGCCGCUCGUUUGAACAACAUGCAGGAAUCCGACGAUGUUGGAAAGACUUUUACAUUUACAUUUUUUAGGUUUUAAUAGUUCUGGACGUGUUUUUACACCUGUUAGAUUUAGGAAGAUAAAAAAAUAAGCUUCAUCUGUAGAGGGUCCGGCAGGAUGAUUUUGUGGACAGACUGUGUGUGUUUGCAGCUCCUCUGUUUUGGACGGUCACAUCUUUAAUCUCUCUUUGAGAAGAAGAAACGAAGCCGAGGAGAAAACAAACUGCUGGAACUGCGCCGGACUGAACGGUUCAUUUAGUGACGCGCUGCAAAAAGACUUUUCUACCUGAAACGGACGACUUGUGAUGUGUUUGCAUGACGUGUGAACUGAUCUCUUCUUCUUCUGCCUGUUUUGCAUGUAGAUCAGGUUUUAUUAAAGCUCUUUACAGCUUUAUUAAAAGGUCUUUUUUCAAAGUUUACCAGACUGGUCUCAACAUUUAAUGAAAUGAGUGAAAUGUCUUGCAAAUGCAAACGAUCGACUCUGUGCAUGCAAGAGUUUGUGACAGUACAGCUGGUUCAGUUCGACCACACGCACUGAAAAGACUUCAUUUUCUGUGAGGUAGAAUAUUUAUGAAUUUUUAUAAUACCAUGAAAUAAUAAAUGGCUGGUUUUUGGUGCAUGUUUAAUAGUUAGAAUAUAGCUACUUUCAAUAGAACUUUAACCCUUAAUCGACAUUGUUUAUUUAACUGUAAUAGGCUCAUAUUUUAAACGUGUUAUUAUCAGAUCAUGUGUUUCACGGUGAGGAUAUUUAAUCUUAACAUCAUUUUUCUUGUAUUUCAAUAAUUUUUGCAUUUGAGAGUUUUGGCUCAUUUCAUAAAAUUCAGUGAGACCGUGUUGUGUUUACAUGUUAAUAAUGGUGAUAAAUAAAUAAAUAAAAACAUUUCAAGCACGUAGAUGUUGCCAAUUAAAGGUUUUAAACAUGGAAACGACUGUAAUCAUAAAAGUUUUUAAGUCGCCCGCCACUCGCUCUGUAUUCGUUUCUUUUCCCCUUUUUUUUUCUUUGGGUCGAUGAUGUUUCGUUUUGAACAGUUGGUGUCGAAGCUUCCCGCUGCUUUAGCUGAAGUGUUUUAAUGUUGGUUUAAAGGGACGUUUGUGAUGGAUUCAGUCUUAGAUUUUUACUCCUGUUUUCAUCUCUGCUGCAUCACUGAAACUUCAUACACGCAAAAACGAGAAAUAAACUGUUUGAAGGUUGUUAGA